AUGCUUUAUAAAGUCAACCUCGCGAUGGAUACGGCGAUUGUAUGGUACGUUGGACGACUUUUUGGCUGUCGUAGAACAAGACAUAUAGGUUUUCUCGAGUCUCUUCCUCUCUCGAUUGCCCGGAUCUACCUACCCCCAAGCCCGACUUCGCUUAACGGCUAUUUUCUUGUCUAUCCUCUGCUUCGUGGCAGGACUUGUCCUCGUCAUAGUGCGCCGUUGACGCGGGCUUCUUCCUGCAAGCCCUCAACUACGACCUUUGUUCAGCUUGUACUCUUUGUUCUUUUUUCACAGGCGACCGUCCUUUCCUCCAUCGCCCUCGUAUUUUCAUUUUCUCCAUUCAAGCGCUCUGUCCGAACACCUCCGAGCUCAUUCUCUGAACGUCGGCUAAUUCUAGUGUUUCUCAUCGGUUCUCAAUGGGCCCGUUAUCGAUCCUCGCAUCUGGGCUCGGUAGUUCACGUUCUGAACACUGCUUCGAAUCCGUCACUAGUAUUUUUUUCGUACAGCCUUGAGCGAUCACGACCAGGCCCCACCUGA